UGUUAAAGUACACACAUAUAAACAUUGAUUGAAGCAGUAUAUAAAACACUUUUCAUAUGAUAUCAUAUGAUCUGAACCACAAGAUGAAAUAAAGCAAGUUGUAUAAGAAGGGGUUAACUAAAAUUGCAAACUCGAUCUUCAAAAAAAAAAAAUCUGAUGCACUCCUUGUAGGAAUAACUAGUGGAAACCUGAAACCUGAGAUGAGCUGUGGCCAGGUGAGGCAAGAAACACACAUUUCCCUGUUUUUUCCUAUGGGACUUGAAUGCACCAUCAUUCUAAACCGUUUGGCACGAUUUUCGCUCCUGCGUCUUUAUCACUCUACUGUCUGUCUGUGUGUCUCUGUGUGAGUUAGUGGAUCAUCUCAGUUAGACAGAGAGCGUCCUCACACACAGACGAGAUGUGCUUCUAGUACAGAAUAGUCUCAUUCUGACAGAUAGUUAUGUCAUUUAUCUACACCUUCUCUAAUCAUCUCAUUAGAAUAAAUAGAUAUUAGUCGCUUCAUUUGGAUAAAUAGUUUAUUUUUGGACAGUCUGACUAUCAGCUUUCCUAAAGAAAUGAACAAGUGGUAGCUCUCCGUGCAGCGUUUCCAUGCAACAGCACACGGAGGGAUAGAUGCUGUAACAGUACAGACCUGGACCCAGACCUGGACCAGGAGCGCGUUUUUUAGACUCAGAUGGAGCGACCAGAUGACGGAUACGACGAGCAGGUCGGGAGCGUAAAUCACCAUGGUAGUGCAGAGGAUCCUGGUUCUCCUGCCCUAGCUGGUGAGCACUCAGGCAGCCUACAGCAGGAGUCGCCAGCCACGAUGAGGAGCUACGACAACUACCUGCCAGUCUCUGGCGAAGAGAAGAACCUGGAUGAGGACUAUGUCGACACCAAGCCCAAGGAGUCCAUACCAAUGAAAAAUCUUUAUGCGGACGACGGCUCACCUCUGAAUACACAUCUAUACCCAUACUUCUCUGAUGGGCGGCGUAGGGUGGAUUACGUGCUGGCAUACCAGAUCCAAAAGCCCAACAGCGUCCGGCCCCAUUCCACCAAGUUUGGCGAGGCCAACUUCAUCCGGCGGCUUCGGCGCAGCAUGAGCAUGAGAAGCAGCCGCGCCCCGCUGCAGCCGAAGGAAGACCCCGAGAUCGCCGCCCAGAACUAUCGGGGUGACCACCAGGAGGAUGACAAGCGCUUCAGGCGGGAGGAUUUUGAGGAAAACCUCCUGGAGACGGGGCUGGAGCUGGAGAGGGAUGAAGGGACUAAGAUCCCUGGAAUCGGCUUCAUGAAGGUCCACGCUCCGUGGCACGUUCUGUGUCGAGAGGCUGAGUUCAUUAAGCUCAAGAUGCCGACAAAGAAGGUCUACGAGGUGAAACAAGGCAGUAAUGUGGUGGAGAAGAUCCGACUGUUCAUUCACAAAGUCACAGCUCCUCUCCACCCAAAAGUAGACGCCAACCGGCCGCAGAGCGUCAAAUCCCUCUCUCACCCUUUCUCCAGAGAGAAGCAGCAUCUAUUCGAUCUGUCUGACAGGGACAAGUUCUUUGACAGCAAGACCAGGAGCUCGAUAGUCUAUGAGGUACUGAAGAGGACUAGAUGCACCAAGGCGAAAUACAACAUGGGGAUCACCAGUCUUCUAGCCAAUGGUUCCUAUUCAGCUGCUUAUCCUCUGCAUGAUGGAGAAAUCGAGGGGGUGAAUGCAGAACCUAACGACAGGCAGCUGCUGUACGAGGAGUGGGCCAGCUACAGCGUCUUCUACAAGUACCAGCCGAUCGGACUCAUCAGGAAGUAUUUUGGGGAGAAGGUCGGACUAUAUUUUGCCUGGUUAGGAGUCUACACACAGAUGCUGAUCCCUGCAGCCAUCGUUGGAGUCAUCGUGUUCCUCUACGGCUGUGCCACUGUCGACGAUAACAUACCGAGUAUGGAGAUUUGUGAUCCAAGGUUCAACAUCUCCAUGUGUCCGCUGUGUGACCACGCCUGCAGCUACUGGAAGCUGGAGACGGCGUGCGGUACGGCCCGAGCCAGCCACCUGUUUGAUAACCCGGCCACUGUCUUCUUCUCCAUCUUCAUGGCCCUCUGGGCGGUUCUCUUCAUGGAGCACUGGAAGAGACGACAGAUGCGACUCAACUAUAUCUGGGACCUGACGGGCUUCGGAGAGGAGGAGGAGGAGGAACAUAAGGACCAUAACCGAGCGGAGUACGAGUUCCGGGUCAUGCAAAAGACAAUGAAACUGGAACAUCCACCCCCGAAGGGUGAGAAGGUGAAGCUGACCUGUACUAACAGAAUGCCAGCUUACCUGAUUACCGUGACAGUCAUGCUCCUCAUGAUCACAGUGACAUUCGUCAUAGUCUUCGGGGUCAUCCUGUACCGGAUCAGCAUCAAGGCAGCGCUGCACAUGAGCGACUACCCUGCAGCACGGUCCAACAUCAGAGCCACGGUGAAAACCACCGCCGCCAUCAUCAACCUCAUCGUCAUCAUCGUCUUAGAUGAAAUCUACGGCAACAUCGCCCGCUGGCUCACCACGCUGGAGGUUCCAAAGACAGACAAGAGCUUCGAAGAGCGCCUCAUCGUCAAAACUUUUAUCUUGAAGUUUGUCAAUGCGUUCACACCCAUCGUCUAUUUGGCCUUUUUCAGGGGCAGGCUUGUUGGGCGGCCUGGAAACUACUUGUACGUUGUUGGAUCGUACAGAAUGGAAGAGUGUGCCCAUGCAGGCUGCCUCAUGGAGCUGUGCAUCCAGUUGUGCAUCACUAUGCUGGGCAAGCAGCUCAUCCAGAACAACCUGUUUGAGAUCGGCAUUCCGAAGCUGAAGAAACUGCUCCGGAGGAGGAAGUCUCCCUUGGACUCAAAGCAAGAGGAGGAGCUGAACAACUCGCUGCAGCGCCACGAGAGAGAUCACAACCUGGGUCCCUUCAUUGGCCUCAACCCCGAGUACAUGGAGAUGAUCAUCCAGUUUGGGAUGGUGACUCUCUUCGUGGCCUCCUUCCCUCUGGCUCCGCUCUUCGCUCUGCUGAAUAACAUCAUCGAGAUUCGCCUGGACGCCAAGAAGUUUGUUAUGGAGCUGCGCAGGCCGAUUGCGGCCAAAGCCAAAGACAUUGGUAUCUGGUACAACCUCUUGAGAGGCCUCAGCAAGGUAGCAGUCAUUGUUAAUGCCUUCGUCAUCUCCUUCACCUCUGACUUCAUCCCACGGCUGGUCUACCAGUACAUGUACAGCCCCGACGGCUCCAUGCACGGCUUCGUCAACCACACUCUGUCUUACUUCAAUGUCAGUGACUUCCAGAAGGGCACGGACCCUCGCAAUCCCAUGGUCCUGGGCUACCCGGUACACAUAUGCAGGUAUAAGGACUACAGAGAGCCUCCCUCGUCCAACACGCCGUAUGAACUCUCUAAGGAGUUCUGGGCCGUUCUGGCCGCCCGCCUCGCCUUCGUUGUCGUCUUUCAGAACGUGGUGAUGCUGAUGAGCGACUUUGUGGACUGGCUGAUCCCGGACAUCCCCAAGGACAUCAGCCUCCAGAUGCACAAAGAGAAGAUCCUCAUGGUGGAGCUCUUCAUGAAGGAGGAGCAGGGCAAAAGGCUCGCGGCACGGGACAACCACAACCUGGACAACUGCACCACCCCGUCGUCGGCCAAUCAGAGCCCGCGACAGCCCCGCUCGCGGUCGUCCGUCUCGCACGCGGUGGGCUGGGAAAAUGAGCGCAAGCAGCAACGAGGGAACACAGCGCCUGAAUACAAACUGUAAAGGAGUUAACUGGCUGCUUAAAGCGAGCUGUUAAAAGUUAUCACAUUAACACAUGAUCACUUCUUCAUAAUCAGCGAAGCUUUUUGCUGCGUUCAUGUUGUUACGUUGUUGGACCGAGACAUCAGAAUUCCUUCACCUUAGGGCCUCUUUUUAACACUUCUCCCAUGUUAAGAAUUUACAGACACUCUUAGUCCAUUAACCAAUAAAUCCAGCAACUAGUUAGACAACACUCACAGGAUUCAGGAUCACAAAAUAUUAUUUAUUGGAUGUACUGUCUUUGAAGGGAACAAGCCAUUAGAUUCACUUGACUCUGGGAUGAUGUCAUCAUUCAGGGAGUCUGAGAAAACAGUGCCAAACUCCACCUGCAACCUAAUAUGAAUCAUAUUUUCGAGCGGUAUGUUCAUACCCGCCUCCCUCUUUCCCACGGGACUUGAAUGCAGCUUUUUGUAUUGAAGACAGCCUCCGUCCAAAUGGUCCCGCUGAGAAGAAUUUCCUCCUGAUAUCUCACCAGUACAAACGGAGAUCCUCCCUCCUGCCAUCAAUGUAUAAAAGCUCAAAUAGGCCUUUUUUUCUUCUUUUUUUUGCACAAUUUCAUACAACUGCAGGAAUUUCUUGAUGUACUUUUUGAAUAUGCAACAUGGUCAAGCACAUGUGCUUUGGUUGUCGGGGAUGUACAGCGAGGUUUUUUGGAAGACCUUCUGCGUGAAGCGGCCUGUUGAUUUGUACUAUUCUCUCUCUCGAGCAUUAUUUUUGCUCAUUUGUUUUUGAACUUUUUGAAUAUGAACAAACUGCCUAACAGUGCUCGGUGGCAUUAUUAUUCCUAGAAGCACAAGUCACAGUUAUUAUCCAUUCCAAUGAACUGGAACUUCCAAAAAGCUGCAAUUUGGUAAGAUUUUACAGCACAAACACAAAGUGAUGUCAUGCUCCGUCUCGCCGCGCUGAGAUGCUGAACUGUAGAUACUUCCUGUAUGUCAUGUUAACGCUGACCAAACUCUGGUAAAGAGAGAAAUGUUUUACACACAUGAGGUCAAAAUGAAAAUAAUUAAGUGUUUCUUAAAGCUGAUAUUUUUUUUUUGGCCACUUGGGGGCAGCAGAACAAGCUGAAAACACAACACGGAUAUAUAAAACUACCAUUAGCAAACUAUUAUUCACACACCCACAUACUUGCCAUCCAUGAGACCUUAAAAAAGGGAGGAUUUCAAAACGAAAGCAGGAGUUUCCUGCAUAUUCUGGUGACUUUUAAAGAAUGAAAAUACCAAAAUAAUCGUCAUUUUGUAUUUAGUUUUUGCUCCUGCUUGAGUAUUUCUUUUUCUUAGUUCUCUCCAUUUCUCUCUCCAUCUCUCACUCACUGAAUGUCCUUUAAGACACAACGCGACAACGGCACCACUGCGCUCUGAAACCCGUUAUCACCAACGGCUUGCGUCAUGCCACGACGGCUUUUCGCUGCGUCGUGCAAAGCCCAACUUUGGUUCAAACUUGUCGUGCAGCAAACAGCUCUCUUCCGCCUGGAAACGACAUUUGGUGUAGCUGUAUUGUCGUCCGGGUGGAAACAGUAAAGCUUAUACGCUCUGUACAGUGCCAGAAACAAGUUGUGAUAAUGAAAAAGAAAAAAAAGAUGUGAAAAUUGGUAGAAAAACGGGAGAAUUGUGACACAAUCGGGAGGGUUGGCAAGUAUGCAUCCAACACAGAGCACCAUUAGGAAUCAUUUUGAGUGUCUCUGCCACACAGUCAAGUUUUUACUGUCCUUUUACUGACAUUUUCUCUGGUUUUGAUUAACUUGUUCUAAGCUAACUGAUAACUUUAUCUGUCUGCUGUUUGGUCGUGUACAGUGGGUUUAUCAGAGAAAUCAUCGACCUGCUGCUGGAAACAAGGUUGAUGCAGUCGACAAGUUUGCGGGCUGUUAAACCAAAACAAUGGGCUGCAGGACGCUAAAAAAAAUGCCCCGUAGAGCUGAGAAGAGCUGCAGAAUCUGACUCUGUGGGUUUGUCACUACAAGCAACACCUUUUACACUACACAUAGUAAUGUGGUCCAUCGUUAUUAAUAUAUUUUUAAUGGUUAGCUGCUAUAAUCAACAGGACUCCAAAUGAAUGUUGCUCUGUGUCUGCUGGCUUUUUUUUGCCACUGACAGGCUCAGAUUGUUAUUAUAAGUGUCGGACAACAUUAUGGAACAGAGAAAUAAACCUUUUUCUAUUUCGCUUGAUCCAGUCUGUUUGUUAUUGUGUCAUGUGACUUGUCAUCGGAAGACAACUGUGGAAACAUGAGUGAGAGUUGGAGAAAGGAGGUCCGGUGUUGUCAGACUUUGUUGUGUUGGAGUACAGAAAGCGUUGCUUAGUGUCAUGGCUGAAUACUUAGAUGAUGUCAGACACUUAUAAUAACAAUCUGAGCCUGUCAGUGGCAAAACAAGAACUUUUAGUGGAUGUAAAUUGACAGAUGUGAUUACAUUACAGCUCAUUUAGCGGCUGCCAUCUGCAGCAUUUUUGCUCAAUACUGGACCAAUUUAAAAAAAUGUUGCCCCUAUUAGUCAGUUAGACACAAAAACAUGGUGAAAUAGGUUGAAAAAUACCGAAGUUACCCUUUAAAAAGUGCUGACAUGUCCAUGUUGUGUUCUCAGCUUGUGUCUGCUGCCCCCCAGUGGCCACAAAAAAUCAGUUAAUGCAAGUUUAAAUAACUGCAAACAAACUCUCUGUUCACAGGAAGAGAGUCCAGCAUUUAAUCUUUUAGCCUCACUUGUUCAUUUGGUGGAUCAUCUAUAAAGCUUACUGCCGUUUACUGAUGUCACCUUACAGAGUUCCUUCAGACCAAAUUCAUCACUUUUGAACCACCGAUGGGGAAAUGUUGGCUUAAAUGCAGCUUUUAAAGAGCCCAGAAGAUGACGAGUAAAUGUGUUUCGUUUCACUGAUUAAAACCGUAAAAUCCAUUUGCAUAUCGUUAGAGGGUUUUGAUGAGUCGAGUACGCCACAGGUGUGCUGAUAGAUUUAAGGUUGUGCACUGAAAAUGGAGCGUAAUGUACUCAUGUUUAAAGUGUAGUGGUAUAAGUAUGUGCAUACAAUGUCAGAAAUCUUGGAACAAAUGGAUAGCAAUGAUUCUGCGUUUGUUUUUGUUUUUUUAAAGUGGGAGUUUUCAGCUUCUUCUUGACAACUCUGGAAAGCAGCGCCAGCGUCUUGCUCAAGGGCACCACAGUGACUCUCUUACCCUGCCUUAUAUCCUCCCAGCUGCCCCAGGGAUCCCCUAAACGAUCUACUAUUUAAUAGGUUUCAUACAAAGGGGAUGCGGUAAAAACCAGGAAACACUCUUUCUAUAUUAUUAUCUUGCCUUAUAUUAACCGUAUCAAUUCAUUCGGCAUUUUCCCUAAAGCUGCAACUCCUUUAACUAUUCAAGCACAAAGACUGAAUAAUAUUUUGUUUUGUAUUUGUCAAACUGCAAAAUGUGGGAGCGACUGGAUGCCAAUUUGAGGAAAUGUGCUGUGGACUGAAAUGUGCAGCCACAUGUACAUGUCUACUACACUCAUCGACGUGUCAAAUCCUGCCCCCUGCUGUACAUAUAUUAAACUACCCCAGAUUUAACCCCUCAACCCAGACUGAGAGAAUGUAUUAUUCUUUAUUUUUCAGAGAUGUUUAAUCACUUUUAGGUCAAAAUGUUGUAGAUGAUUUUUGCUAAUUCCAUGAAAAUGCAUUUCUAAGUGCAUUUAAUGUGUUAAAAGGGUUUUAUCAGCCCACAGGGGACCACUGAUCUGUCAACUAGAGACGGUUUAUCUUCAUUUUAAUUCAUUACUUAAUGUAGAAACAGUCAAUAUGGACCUAUAUUUGGCUGUAUGUGGAAAACAUCUUCCACUACAGACCGCAAAGACAUUUUUAUCACAAUAGACUUCUUUCGGGGAUGUGACUUGCUCUUUUGAGCAAAGACUGCACAUUUUAUUUUGACCAAAAUCUUCUACUCUGUGUGUCAGUAGGGUUAGCGUUGAUAUUAAGUAAUAGAUUACUGCCACAGGGCUGCGGAGCCGCCUGUGUUAGUUAUAACGUGAUGUCACAUGUGAAGACCCCCCCCCAAUGUCCCUCAUGAGAUGUCCUUCUGUCGCCAUGUUGUAUUUACAGCAUCAAUAAAACAAGUUGUGACAUGCUAAUAUCUAUAAUAAUAUAUGUCAAAGCACAUUUCAUGUGUGAGUGUAUAUGCAUGUAUAAUAACCGGUUUGUCCGUCUCUGAUAUUUUGAGUCUUUAUAUUUUUUUGUUUAAACUAACUGCAAAUAAAUGAGAGAUGAACUGCUA